AUGGCUUCAUUGAAUGCAAAACGAGGACACAGCAGCAGCAGCAACAGCAGCAGGAGCAGCAGUAUCCUCAUCCUCGCUGCCCACGUGUACAUAGCAGUGGGAAUGCGCGGGGAGAGCUCGGAGGGAACGACGCCGCUGAUCCUGGCAGCGGCCAACAACCACGCGGACUGCGUCAACGUUCUACUGGAACAUGGCGCCGAGCCGAACGCCAGACGACUGACGGGAACGUGUGCGCUGUUCUUCGCGGCACAAGGAGGCUUCAUCGACAUCGUUCGACUGCUACUGGACAGCGGGACGACCAUAGAUACGGCCAGCUACGAUGGAGGCACACCGCUGUUUGUAGCCUGCCAGUGCAAUCACAUCGAAGUCGUGGAAGAGAUGUUGAAGCGAGGGGCGGAUAUUCAUGCCGAGAUGGCCGAUGGCGCCACUCCGUUGUUCAAGGCCGCGCACAAGGGCAACCUAGAGUGCGUGGAAGAACUCGUCAAGUACGGGGCCAACCUGGGAGCGCUAGAGAACGGUGAGUCAGCACUCCACGCGGCGGCGCUGUUCGGUCACAUGGCAGUUGUCAAGCACCUGAUGGUGAAUGGAUCUAUACCGGACCUGAAGAACAAGGAUGGAUUUAGUCCCAUUGACCUGGCCAAGGAUUCGGGAUACGGUUCUAUCGCCGACUACCUUAGAAAGUGCCGACACACAACCGCUAACGGCAUGUCAUCGCAGACGGCAGUGUAACGUGACACGUGCUGCCAUCUAUUGUCGCAUAACCGGUGUGUCAGAAAACGACCAAAGCCCCAAACCUUUUUACAGGGUAUAUAGGAUGUAAAAAUGCCAAAGUCACAUACGUGCGACACGUGCGCGCAUACACACGUACAUACAUACACGCACGCAUGCACGCACGCACACAGACAUAAUAUACACCAGCCAGUCGGUGAAAUCGUUGUGUGAUAUAAGUUAGCUUGGGUGAACGCUUGUACCUAGUGACUAGAGUAACUUUGUCGUAAAAAUGUUGACUUUAUUCCUUUGUAGGCUGUAGCCCAGCACAAAAAAUUCGCCAAUAGCUUUAAUUGCAGUGUGAUUUUAGCAUUUACUGCAUAGUUCAAUAUAGAACGAGUUCUUCAGUCAUUAUUGCUUUGAAUCGCGACUUUCUAGAACUAAAAUGGGCAAUAAACAGCCUUCGUUGUUUUCGUAGGUCAUGUGUAGGACGAACGAGAAAUGCCAGUCGAUGUGAAUUGCCAAAAGCUGUGUCUGGAUUUUAAUUUAAUUCAAUAGGUGCGCACGUACCAAUAUAUAUCGUGCAGUACGUUUAGGUGGGUGAGGGCGUGUACUGGUGCACACAUCACUCGGUGGAUAAAGACCCCCUUCCUCCUAACACAUCUACACUGCCCUAAUCACUGUGCUUGAUGCUAUGAAAAUACGAUGUAUAUAUAUCGAGAACGUUUGUAAUAAAAGUGAAUUAUACUUGCUAUAG